AUGCCACCAUUCCAUCAUACAAUGGCAGCGAAAGAGCAUCAUCGAAGAAAUUUAAUCGAAGAUAACGAAGUUGAAGAUGGAAAUAUAAAAAAAUUAGAAAAACUUCUAGGAAUUAAAUCCGAUCGGAAAACUUAUUUACGUGGUUUUAUCGAUGAUGGACUCGAUUUCCUUCUGGACUUCUGUGAUAGAGAUAAAAGAAAGGAAAUUAUGCAAACUGAAGGAGAUGGAGAAGGAAACGCGUGGUAUGAUGAAGAAGAUGAAGAUCAACAAUGGUUGGCGAAAAAACAAAAAGAAAGAGUGAAAUUGGCCAAUGAAAAAGAAAAAUUAGAAGAGAAAACUAAGAAGAAAAAAACAUCAUUAGUCAAGUUUAACGAAGAUGUUCAAAGAGAAAUGAUUGAUGAUGAAGAUUCAAUGGACUACGAUGAAGAAGAAGAAGAAGAAGAUUCUGACGACGAAGGACAAGAUAAUGGUUUCGAUGAAGAAGAAGAAGAUGAUGAUGAUGAUUCCAAUAAGGAGGAGGAGACAUUCACCUUAAAAGAAGAUAUUUAUGGACGAACAGUUGAUGCGAAGGGCAAUGUUGUUAAAAGUAAUUCAAGUUCAACGUAUAUUCCUCCUGCUCUGCGUCAAAAAUUAAAUUCAUCUGAAGAGAAUUCAUUGAUAGAAUUAAAACGUCGUCUUCAAGGUCAAUUAAAUCGUUUAAGUGAAAAGAAUUUAUCUUCAAUUUUAAUUGAAAUCGAAACACUUUAUCGUUCUCAAUCUCGUGCAUCGAUGAAUACAUCUUUAUAUCAAUUAUAUCACGACAGUCUCGUAUCAUCUCAGUCCCUGACUGGUGAAAAUUUCCUUGCUGAAUAUGCGUUAUUUGCCUGUCUUCUUCAUGCAAAUGUUGGUUUAGAAAUCGGAUCGUAUUUACUCGAAAAUUUCGUCCAACUUUUCAUCGAACAUAUCAAUGAUGAUGUAUCAAUUAAAAUCACUGAUAAUUUAAUCCGAUUCUUUUCAUAUACUUACGCAUUUUACAUGACAAAUGGAAAAAUUCUCUUUGAUCUUGCUCGGUAUUUAUUAAAUGUUGAACAAAUCAAUGAAAAACGUUUAGAAUUAAUUCUUCUUCUAUUAAAAACAACUGGAUUCGUUUUACGUAAGGAUGAUCCAUUACAAUUGAAAAAUUUUCUUCAAGAAUUACGAACGAAGUGUUCGUCGUCAACGUUGAUUUCCUCAUCAUCGAAACGAUUAGAAUUUAUGAUGGAUACGAUAAAAAGUUUGAAAAACAACGAUGUGAGAAAACUACCCGGUGGUUUCGAACCUGAUCGAAUUGAUCGAUUAAGAAAAGUUUAUCGAAAUUUAGUCAAAGAUAAAACUGUACAACAAGCAAAUAUGUUAAAUGUUGGUUUGGAGGAUUUUCUAAAUGCAAAAGAACAAGGACGAUGGUGGAUUGUCGGUUCAGCGUGGCAAAAACAAAAUAUUCCAGACAAUGAAAAGAGGAAGAAGAAUAAAGGAGAAGAAUUGUUUAACGAGAAAAUUCGUAAACUAGCUAAACAACAACAUAUGAACACCGAUAUUAGACGAUUCAUCUUUGGAACUUUAUUAACCAGUGAGGAUUGUGAUGAUGCUGUCGAAAAACUUCAUAAACUGAAUUUGAAUAAAGUACAAGAACGAGAAAUCAUUCAUGUGACGGUUCAUUGUUGUUUACAUGAAAAAACGUAUAAUCCAUAUUAUACAUUAAUUCUCCAACGAUUUUGCGCGUAUGAUCGUCGAUUUCAAAUUUCCUUGCAAUAUCAUACAUGGGAUCGAUUUAAAGACCUUUCAUUACUGAGUGAUCAACAGUUAGCAAACUUUGGCACAGCAUUAUCACAAUUAUUAGUAUCAAAAUCGAUUACGUUGAACAUAUUUAAAAACUUCAACUUCGUCGAAUUAACACCAUCCGCACGAACCUUUCUAGUUGAAUUGUUUGUCAAACUCUUCGAAAACACCGACGAUGCAUCGUUGAAGAACAUUUUUCAGUUUUCAUCAACACAAAAUUAUAAAUUUGUUAAAGAAGCCUUUCGAUUGUUUCUCUCUCAUUUCAUCUUGAAAAAGUCCAACUUCUCCGAUUUAGUUCAUCGUCGUUGUCAGAUUGCCAUCAAUCAGUUGUCCGAUGAAUAA